AAUUUCGUUCGGCAGGAAACACACAGCACAGGAAACCUCGUUUCAUUUCCCAGAACGGCAUUUCGUGGGCAUUUCGGUUCGUGCUUCGAGCAGGAGAAAAUACGCAAUUAUGGGUGUGGAUGUUGAAGUUAUUUCCUCUGGAGAUGGCCAGAACUACCCUAAGACUGGGCAAACUGUUGUGGUCCACUAUACAGGUACCCUUAGCACUGGAAAGAAAUUCGAUUCGAGCAGGGAUCGUGGAGUUCCUUUCAAGUUCAAGAUUGGCAAAGGAGAGGUAAUUAAAGGAUGGGAUCAAGGAGUUGCUCAAAUGUGUGUUGGUGAACGUGCCAGGUUGACCUGUUCACCAGAUUUUGCUUACGGUUCUCGAGGACACCCUGGCGUUAUCCCGCCAAAUGCCACCCUUAUCUUCGACGUUGAGCUGUUGAAGGUAGAGCCAUGAAGAAUUAACUCACAGCCAAACAUCAAUUAUAUUCAUCCCGACGCACAGAACCAAUUGAAGAAUAUUUCAAACCUUGUCAAUGUCAACAUAACAUUAUGAAUUAUGAUAAGUAACCAUUCAUACUCACCUCAAGCAUGUAUGACGUAUUAUACUACACUCACUUGUUUGUUGAGAGUGAAAUUGCAUAAGAUGCAGAGAUAACACUCAACUGAGAUGUUCAUUAUCUCCCAGUCCUUGACUAUCGUAUAUUGCAAAUGUUCAAUCAUCUCGAUUGAAAGUGGCUCUUGAGUCAUGGAACAUGACAUUUUACGGUUCUCAUAAUACUGGAACAAACAGUUGACUUAUGUAUGCAUUUCAUUGUAUGUGUUCGAAACAAGUUGUGUCAAUUUUCAUACUCAAGACUUUUCAAUAAGCGAUUGGUUUUAGCAAUUUCUACAAUAUUACAUCGUAACUGUUUUCAUUCCCUUUGAUUAGUUCAUGAUAUUUGUUGUCUGUAAAUUUUGUAAAAAAAUUCUGUAAUGUGGAUGAAUUUAAAUGUAUCAAUGAUACAAUAUACGUAAUUUAUGUGAACCAAUUCAAUAAAUAAUCUGCUCUGUUCAAA